AUGAAACCGUAUGGAAUGUAUUUAACACUAUUUCAAUUCAUAGUAUAUAGCUUCUGUGGUUAUGCGGAAGGAUCGUUGUAUCAUGACACGACGCGAAGAAUCCCGCUAAAGAUUUAUCUUCUGCUCGCAUUCUUCACUGUCACAACCAUGGGUCUUUCCAAUGCUUCUGUUGGAUACCUCAAUUAUCCCACACAGGUAAUUUUCAAAUGCUGUAAGCUUGUACCAGUUCUGAUUGGUGGAAUAAUUAUUCAAGGAAAACGAUAUGGAUGGAUAGAUUUAUCUUGCGGCUGUGCUUAUGAGCAUAGGUGGUAUCAAAUUUUAGGACUCAUUAUGUUCACUUUGGCUGACAGCAGUGUAUCUCCGAAUUUCGAUCCUAGAGGGUAUAUUAUGAUCUCCGGCGCCCUUUUGGCGGAUGCCGUAAUAGGUAACAUUCAAGAGAAAAAUAUGAAGAAAUAUGGUGGAUCGAGCAAUGAAAUGGUUCUGUAUUCUUACUCCAUAGAAUCCGUAUACUUGCUAGUGUAUACGAUCGUUUCUGGCGAAUUUUUCACCGCAUUCAAGUUUUUCCUAGAGAAUCCAUACAAAACUUACGGAUACGCUUUAAUUUUCGCUAUUUUCGGAUAUCUUGGCGUAAAUGUUGUGCUCACUCUAAUCAAGGUGUGUGGAGCACUUGUUGCGGUUACGGUCACGACACUGCGUAAAGCUCUCACUAUUACACUUUCCUUCAUUCUAUUCUCAAAACCUUUCACAGUGGAAUACGUCUGGGCAGGCCUAGUCAUACUCUUGGCUAUUUACCUUGAAUUUGUACAGUAA